AUGGAGAAGCUGGCCAAAUGUGGUAAGAAGUUGAAGCAAAUGAUGAGGUUCUUAACCAAGAGCUGUGAUCAGAACGAUGCAGUCAGUUCGUUGUCGUCGCCUCCUCGAGCUGUUCGUUGCGAGGAGUUGUUCGUGUCGCGAAGAGGGAAAUCUAGAAAUGAUGGAGGAGAUGAUCAUGAUCCAUUUCUAGCUGCUCUUGUUGCAGCUCAGAAUCACUUCAGUCUCAGACCAAACAUUUACAUUUGA